AUGCCGCCCACAGAAGCACCGAGCAGGUUCCUGCCGCCGACCGUCCCCUCCAUCAUGUUCAUCUUCGGGGUCGUGGGAAACGUUAUCGCCAUCGUCGUGCUGCGUAUUUCCCGCAAAGAGCAGAAAGAGACGACUUUCUACGCGCUGGUGUGCGGGCUGGCGGUCACGGACCUGCUGGGGACGCUGCUGGUGAGCCCCGUGACCAUCGCCACCUACGUGAAGGGCGCAUGGCCCGGGGACCAGGCCCUGUGCCAGUAUUACGCAUUUAUCCUGCUCUUCUUCUUCUUGGUGCAGCUCAGUAUCGUGCUGGCCAUGUCUGUGGAGAGGUACCUGGCCAUCAACCAUGCGCUGUACUACAACCAGUACGUGAACCAGAAGGUGGCCGCGGUCACUCUGGUCGCCACCUACGCCUUCAGUGCGCUGGUGUGCGCCAUGCCCAGUCUGGGGCUGGGGCAGGUCAAGCAUCAGAGCCCGGGGACGUGGUGCUUCCUAGACUGGCACAGUAACCACAGCUCCACCGCCGCGUACAACCUGGCGUACGCGGGUCUGAACUCUGCCCUGGUGCUCCUCACCGUGAGCUGUAACGUCCUGGUUUGCGGCGCGCUCAUGGUGAUGCACAAGCGCUACAUCAGACGCACGUCUCUGGGCUCAGACCCGCGGCGGGCGGUGGAGCGGCGGUCCAGCCGGAGCUUCCGCCGUUUGGCCGGAGCAGAGAUCCAGAUGGUCAUCCUCCUCAUCGCCACAUCUGCCGUGGUCCUGAUCUGCUCCAUCCCUCUGCUGCUACGGAUCUUUGUGAACCAGAUCCACCAGAAAGAGAACCCGCCCUUUGACCUCCUGGCUGUGCGCAUAGCGUCCAUCAACCCCAUCCUGGACCCCUGGGUCUACAUCCUGCUGAGGAAGACCGUGGUGCUCAAAUUGAUGGAGAAGAUCAAGUGCCUGUUCUGUAAGAUGGGCGGGCGCAGAGGCGGCAGACCGUUCCGCUGCACAGAUGGACACCUCUCUUCCUCCAUCGUCUCUCGGGACUCGCCGUCUCUCGUGACCAGAGACCUGAGGGAGUUCGACAGCAGCUCUCAGAUCUGUCUGCAGGCGGUGGGGUCGGUGGGGUCUGCAGCGGGGGACGAGAGAGAGACGCUGGAGAGGACUUCACAUGAGGAUAGACAGGACGAACAGGAGACCAGGGACACACCGGAGACACAGGACUCAAAGUAUAUCCAGGGAAAACAGUAUACUCAAGACACCCACUAUACCCAGGAUAAGAAAUAUACCCAGGACACACAGGAGACACAGAAGAGACAGGAUAUAAAGGACUCCCAGGAGACACAGGACUCAAAGUAUACCCAGGACACCAAGUACACAGAGGACACACAGGAUGCAAAACAUACCCAAAAAGACACUCUUGACACCCAGGACACUAAACACAUAAAGGUCCUUCCUGUCGACCCCUCGCUCCUCGUCAGCUUUACCAAAGAAUCCAGCGACAUCCAGGAAAAAUGCAUCUAG